GACUUCAGCAAUUCGUCUCCUUCUUCUCCCGACUGCGGAGAAUUCAACGCCCAUCACCUUACAUAGAUAACUACCCGAACCCAUCCAAUUCUCGCUUUUCUCGCUCUCUUUCUCUCUCUAAAUCUCAUCUCAGCUCUGCUUCUUCUUUCUAUUUCUUUGCCUCAAAAGUCUCCGAAGAGGAGAAAAUUUCUCUCUCUUACUCACUCACUCUCUCUGAGAAUCCAAUGCCAAUCUCUCUGCAUUCAAAGCUCCCUUCUUCUGCGUCUGAUCGCCGAGACGUCUUCCAUCUGGUUUUCGCGCGUCGUCAGAUCUGUAAUGUAAGAUUCAUCGGACGGAAAUCCGUAUGCAACUUGGCUCGGAGACCUAGGGUUUUCUGUAAAUCCGAGAAUGGAUCUCUUGAAACUGGUCACGUAGCUCAAUUAGCGGGGGCUGAGCCAUCUCAUGAGGUUAUGCUAGACUGCAGCAUCAUUGAGCCAGAGGACCUGCGGGUCAGGAGGUGCUCUCCUCUACUUGAGAGUGACUUGUUGUCUAACGACCAUGUCUUGGCCUCCAAUGAGUGGAAGACAGUUCCAGAUAUUUGGAAAUCAUCAGCAGAAAAAUAUGGGGAUCGGAUAGCAUUGGUGGAUCCAUAUCAUGAUCCUCCUUCAGAGUUGACUUACAAACAGCUUGAGCAGGAAAUUUUGUAUUUUUCUGAAGGUUUAAGAGUCGUUGGAGUUAGCCCAGAUGAAAAGCUUGCACUGUUUGCUGACAAUUCAUGUCGGUGGCUUAUUGCAGAUCAAGGCAUCAUGGCUACUGGUGCAAUUAAUGUGGUUCGGGGAACAAGGUCAUCUGUUGAGGAGUUGUUGCAAAUAUACAAUCAUUCUGAAAGCAUUGCACUCGUUGUGGACAAUCUAGAGUUAUUCAACCAUCUUGCAAAAACAUUCAUCUCAAGGGCAGUUAUAAGAUUUAUCAUUCUUCUUUGGGGUGAAAAAUCAUGUCUGGAUAGUGAAGUAAUACAGGGAAUACCCACUUUCAGUUACAAGGAGAUCAUAGAUUUGGGACAAGACAGCCGCCAGGCUUUGCUUGCUUCACCAAAUGCAGGACAACGUUAUAUUUAUGAAGCCAUUGACUCGGAUGAUAUUGCUACACUUAUGUAUACGAGUGGAACAACUGGCACCCCGAAAGGUGUUAUGCUUACACAUCAAAAUCUCUUGCAUCAGAUAAAGAGCAUGUGGGACAUUGUACCUGCACAAGCUGGAGAUAGAUUCCUGUCUAUGCUUCCACCUUGGCAUGCUUAUGAGCGUGCUUGUGAAUAUUUCACAUUUACGUAUGGGAUUGAACAAGUAUACACGACUGUCCGAAACUUGAAGGAAGAUUUGCAGUGCUACCAACCACAUUAUCUCAUUUCCGUUCCUCUGGUGUAUGAGACACUCUAUAGUGGAAUCCAGAAACAGAUUUCUACAAGCCCUGCUGCUCGAAAGUUUGUUGCACUUGCUUUAAUCAAGAUCAGUUUGUUAUACAUGGAGGCGAAGAGGGUUUACGAGGGGAGAGUCCUAACACAAAAUCAGAAGCGAUAUCUGCCCUUAGUUUUUAUAUUUGAGUGGUUGUGGGGAAAAUUUGUUGCUGCAAUUUUAUGGCCCUUGCAUAUGUUGGGGAUGAAGCUUGUCUACAGUAAAAUUCACUCGACCAUUGGGAUAUCAGAGGCUGGUAUCAGUGGAGGUGGAAGUCUGCCUAUGCAUGUUGAUAGGUUUUUUGAGGCAAUUGGCGUUAAGUUGCAGAAUGGGUACGGCCUGACAGAGUCUUCCCCUGUUGUAGCUGCUCGACGACCUGCGUGUAACGUUCUUGGCACGGUUGGACCGCCACUUAGACAUACGGAAAUAAAAGUUAUAGAUCCAGAAACUGGUGAAGAUCUCCCUGCUGGUUCGAAGGGUAUUGUCAAAGUUAGAGGGCCCCAGGUUAUGAAGGGUUACUACAAGAAUCCAUCUGCAACAAAUGCAGUUUUGGAUGAGGAGGGUUGGCUCAGCACCGGUGAUAUAGGUUGGAUUGCUCCUAACAAUUCAAUUGGAAAGAGUCGGCGUUGUGGGGGAAUGGUUGUUCUUGAAGGGCGUGCUAAGGACACAAUAGUUCUUACGACAGAUUGUCAACAUUUCCUACAUUUGACUCUAUUAUCAACUUCUACAAAAAAUCUAGGUGAAAAUGUUGAACCAUCAGAACUUGAGGAAGCUGCCAUGAGGAGUAGUCUAAUUCAACAAAUUGUUGUCAUUGGCCAGGAUCAACGACGUCUUGGUGCUCUAAUUGUUCCAAACAAGGAUGAGAUUUUGCUAGCAGCAAAGAAGUUGUCCAUUUUAGAGGGUGAUGUCUCUGAACUUAGUAAUGAAAAAACGAUCAAUCUGUUAUAUGACGAACUAAAGACUUGGACAUCAGAAUGCUCAUUUAAGAUCGGGCCAAUACUGAUAAUUGAUGAGCCUUUUACGAUUGACAGUGGCUUAAUGACUCCAACCAUGAAAAUACGGAGGGAUAAGGUUGUUGCGAGAUACAGUGACCAGAUUGCAAAACUCUACAUGUGAAGAAACGUUUCGUAAGAAGCUGCCUAGUCAGCAAAACAGGUACUUGUCAUAGCCGUCUGGCAAUCCAUUGUUCAUUCGUUGGAAACAACUGAAAAAUCUCACCAACCGGAUAAUCUUAACUAUAAAGUCAGUGACUGGAAACCAAAGCUCAAACAGAACUCUGGCAGAGGUCCACAUUUGAGAGGAGAAGCUCCACUGAUCUAAUGGCUUCUGUUGUCCAACUGUUGAAACCAUGGUUCACUCAGUGGAGGUCCACCAAUGUGCCUCAGGGAGAGUAGAAUGGCUUCUAUGGUCACCUAAGGCAGCAAGCUUGCAUACCUCUUGGAGUAUGUCUUUAAAGAAGGGGAACUGUAUGAUCCUGGGCCAGAAGAAAUGCACACUAUACUUCUGUUUUCAGUUUGAAGAAGUGGGACCAUCAUCUUCUUUCUCAACAAAGCUUUUCAAUUACCAAGUGAAAGAAAGUACACUGCAUGGUGCAGAGGGCUCAUGAUGGAUGACCCAAUAUUCUCAACAACAAACCAAACUCCAUAAUUUGUGGCCUGGAAUAGAUGUUGAGAGAAGAUAUAGCUGGGAUGGAUUAGCUGGGACCACUUGGAUGCAUGCAUGGGCUUCUUGUUCUUGGACAGAAUGUGUUUUGAGAGCCAUGAUCCCGAUCAAAUUUUAUUAUUAUUUUUCCUUAUUCCAGUUUUGUUCAUGGGGCCUACCUAUCAUCGUUAAUGAAUAUCCAGUUGAAUGGAUCCUCUAUGGAUUUCUUUAGGCCCAAAAGUCCACAGCUCGAUGUAAUCACAAGUGGCUUUUGGACAUUUUUUCCCUGGCAAUCAGUCAAGACCUAUUAAGUUUUGGUUCUCUGGGGUGUAGCCCUUCA